AGAGCGGACUUCUCAGUUCCCUGCACAGCCAGCAUGCAUUCGGUUCAGCAGCUGCUCCUCCUCGUCCUGCUCGUCCUGGUGUGUGGUGGCGCGCAGGCCACGCGACUGCUCGCGGACGUCGGCUCCCGUCCGUAUGCCAUCUCCCUGCAGCGCAACGGAGUCCAUGUGGCGGGCGGAGCGCUGAUCAGCCAGCGGUGGGCCCUCACCGCCGCCCACAGUGUCACCCUGGGCGGAGGGCAGGAAAGCUAUCCCGCGCGCUCCUAUCUCGUGCGCGCUGGCAGCAUUCAGCGCCUGGCUGGGGGCCAGCUGGUGGCCCUCUCCCGGAUCGUGGUGCACAGCGGCUACUCCAGCGACGGCUCGGGGGCCAACAACCUGGCCCUGCUGCAGCUGGCCGCCCCGCUGACCCUCAACGCCAAUACCCAGCCCAUUGUGCUGGCCAGCGAGCGUCCUGCCGCCGGCUCCCAGAUCACCUUCGUCGGCUGGGGCUCGUCCCUGCCCGACGGGCCGCUCAGCCACCGGCUGCAGGUGGCCGCCAGGCAGUCGAUCAGUGCCGAUGCGUGCGAGGAGUCGCUGUACCUCGCUCACGAGGAUCUGCUCUGCCUGGUGCCCGAGUCGGAUGCCGCGGGGCAGACCUCUGGUCUCUGCACCGGCGACGCCGGCUCCCCGGCCAUCUACAACGGCCAGUUGGUGGGCAUUGCCGCCUUCUUUGUGACCGGCUGCGGCACCGAGCAGCCCGACGGCUACGUGGAUGUCACCCAGCACCUCGACUGGAUAGCCGCGAACAGUGCAUAGCCCCAAUAAACCCAGUAAUCGGCCAAGUGAA